GAUGGGAUGGAUUAUUACUGUAUGUUCUGUUCAUUCUCUCUAAAGCAUCUCGCACUGGCUACUGUGGGAGGACAUGGACCUUUGGUCUGACCCAGGGUAGCCGUUCUUAUGUUCUUUUUAUCUGCUUACUGCAUAGACAAUGUCACACUAUUUGUCAAAAAUAAACUCAGUCUGUUUCUGUUAAAAUGAAGUCUGUUAACUGCUACACAAAUUUUUGUUCCAGGACAUGCUUCUGUGAAGUGUCUAUAUUGGAACUUAGUAAUUACAGGCACCUCAUGAGCUCUUGCUACCCUGAACUGUACUUGCAGUCAGUUCUAGACAAGUGAUCUGCAUCCGUUUUCAUAUUGGUGGGCUACCUCACAUAUCACAGUAAGAAUGUGAAAAUAGACAAUGUCUAUGGGUAUCAACCAUAUUUUUGCUAAUGUAGUGGCCAUUCAUUCACUAAAGGGGAGAAGUGCCAAGUACCUGGCUCCUUUGCACUGAAAUACACUAUGUAAAAUGUGAGUUAAUUACUAAUAUAAGGAUAGCUGUUUCUAAUGCCCUGCAGUUCUCUGAGGCUUGGGAUUUCUAGGCACAGAAGAAAAAUAGCAGGCCACAUACAGCCUUCAGUAGAAUACUGAUUUAUCACCCUUAGAUGUUCUGGGAUGGCACAUGGCCCUUAAUCUGGAAUGUUUGUAUUCCUCAGUGUGUCAGACCAGUAUGACUCAGUCUCUUUUCAGUUAAUUCAGCCCCAUCAUAUAGUGCUUACUCCUACAAAACUCCCCAUUAAUUUAUCUAAGGACAGAGCUCCACAACUUUUUUUUUCUUCUCUAAUGUGCUUCAUAUGACUGUCUUGUGCAGCUAAAUUCUGGAAGAAGGGAGUUGGGCCCAUCUUCUUUUAUACUGGGAAUGAAGCAGACAUUUGGGAAUUUGCUCAGAAUUCUGGCUUCAUACUUGAGCUGGCCGAAGUGCAGAAUGCGCUAGUGAUUUUUGCUGAGCAUCGGUAUUAUGGGGCCUCUCUUCCAUUUGGGAAACUGUCAAUGCAGCAGGGACGUACCAGCUUGCUCACUGUGGAACAAGCCCUUGCCGACUAUGCAGUGCUCAUUACAGAGCUUAAAAAGCAGUAUGGGGCCAGGGACUGCCCAGUCAUUGCCUUUGGAGGCAGUUACGGAGGAAUGCUGAGUGCUUACAUGAGAAUCAAAUACCCUAACCUUGUGGCUGGGGCACUCGCUGCGAGUGCUCCUCUGUUGUCUGUGGCUGGGAUCGGAGACCCCAACGAGUUCUUUCAAGCUGUCACUGCAAAUUUUCAGAACGCAAGUCCAGCUUGUGCCAAGGCUGUGAGCAAAGCCUUCCAGGAAAUCAACGACCUCUACUUGAGUGGAGCCUAUGAUAGAAUCAGCAGUGAAAUGUCCGUGUGCCAGAGACUUUCUUCCAAGGAAGACAUCUACCAGCUGUUUGGGUUUGCUCGAAAUGCCUUUACCAUGAUGGCCAUGUUGAACUACCCUUACAAAACAGACUUCCUGGGUCACUUGCCUGCUCACCCUGUCAAGGCUGCCUGUGCCCAGAUUCUUGCCCACCAGGACCCCGUUAAAGGGCUGGCAGCGCUUGUUGGAGUGUUCUACAACUCAACUGGCAUGGUGCCCUGUUACGACGUCUACAAACAGUACCGAAAAUGUGCAGACCCAACCGGCUGCGGCACUGGCCUGGAUGCCGAGGCAUGGGAUUACCAGGCUUGUACCGAGAUCAACUUAACCUUCAACAGCAACAAUGUAACUGACAUGUUCCCUGCGAUGCCGUUCACUGAGGCUACGAGACAGCAGUACUGCUUCAGCAAGUGGCUCGUGCAGCCACGCAGGAACUGGCUGCAAACCAUGUUCUGGGGCAGCGACCUGAAAGCUGCAAGCAACAUCAUCUUUUCGAAUGGAGACUUGGAUCCCUGGGCAGGUGGUGGAAUAAAAAGUAACCUCAGUUCCUCACUCAUUGCAAUAACCAUUAAGGAAAGCGCUCACCAUCUGGAUCUGCGAGGAUAUAAUCCAGCAGACCCUCCAUCUGUCACAGCUGCACGCAACCUAGAAGCAAGGAUUAUCCAUGACUGGGUGCAAUCUGCAAGGACUGAGAAGCCCUGGGAGAAGAUGUCUGUGGGUAGAUCACUGUGAAGAUAGUCAGCCAGCCAGAGUGCUGUGCUGCUAGUAUUGGUACCAGAAAGCACAAGGGUUGCAGCCUACGAGCCAAGUCUGCACUGACCGUUUGAUGAAAAUGCCAAUUUAAGUGGCUCUACCAUGGUGAUGAAAAUUCACCUCCUAAGCAUCCUGUGAGUGAGUCAAGUCUGUGUCAAAAGAAAACGAGUAGGCCAAAUCCAUUGACUAAAGGCAACAGCACUUGGUGCCAGCCACAUGCUUACCUGUAUUGUGUUAAAGAUGUAAUUGUCAUCGGAGGAGAGAAUAAAAGCUUGCCUGGAAGUGUUA